AUGUCUAAUGUGGCUCUUGACAUUGGAAGCCGUCUGACAAAGGUGUACUUUUCAGGUGAUGUGCCUAGUAAGCGAGUCUUUGAAACUCCAAAAGGUGUUCAGAAACUUAAGGAGCGUUUUAAUCUAGGAACAUCGGUAGAAGAACUGGAUUCUUUCUUACGAGUUUUAUGUUGUGCUUCAAGACUUAUGGGGACUCAAAAAAAUGUUGAGUUACUGGUAAGCGCUGAUGAAAAUCCCAUAUUUUCACAAUAUGUACUGCGUUGGCUCAGCUCCAUUACAUUUCGUGGAAGCUGCAGUAUUGUGGAUCAACAUUCAUGGAUGUUAAAUCUUUACGGGGCGUUGGAGAAUGGUUGUGUGGUGGACAUUGGAAAUCAGGCAACCCGUGUAGUUCCAGUAAUGUAUAGUACACCUGUCGUGGAGGCUAUUACUAUUGGAAGUGGCAUGCAAGACCUUUUUCUACAGGCCGCAGAAGAGGCAGUUGAUUUACAUGAAACCCUUUCAAAUUCAACAUACUUAAAACUACAUAUUCCAUUACCCAUGGUGGCUGAUUGGAUUAUGAUGCUUAUUGAGGAGUCUCUAGUUCUCUGCAACCCAUAUACACAACGUUCAUUCGUGUCUAAUGUGUUUCUAAUAACAGGGGGUGGAGUAGCCGCUGCGUGGUUAGUUAAGGCGUUACGGUCUAACAUUAUAAAGAAUUGGCCCAGUUCACGUGUAUUGUUUGUUAGUGAUUCUGCUCCAAUGUUAUGGAUGGCUGGGCGUGAUUCUUGA